GACAUCAUGGUCCACGACAUGACCCGGAGAUGGCAUCUGGAAUAAAGAAGAAUUUGCCCGCCUAGUAGCUUCAGCCAUAUAAUAAUGGUCCCGCCAGGAGCGAGAAGAGAGAGGGGCAAUCCCUUCCGCGUCCAAGAAACACACCAUGUCUCAAUCAACAUAUCAAACCGUCGUGCUGGCCCAGCGCCCUACGGCUAACAUUGUCCCCGGCGAGACGUUCAGACUGAAGACGGAUCCGCUCCUUACAGAAGCUGAUCUGAAAGAUGGCCAGGUCCUUAUCGAGACAUUGUACCUGUCCCUCGACCCCGCCAUGCGCGGCUGGUUAAAGGAUACACGCUCCUACCUGCCUCCAGUGCAGCUCGGCGAGCGUAUGCGCGGGGCUGCCAUCGGCAAGAUCAUCGCCAGCAAAGCGGCGUCGUUCGCCGUGGGCGACUAUGUUGCAGGCGUGACUGGCUGGACCGAGCUCGCGAUUGCAGACGCAACAUCCAUCACCCGUCUCGAGCUCCCGCCGAACGGCAAGCUGACCGACGCCCUCGGCGUCUUGGGUAUGACGGGCCUGACUGCGUACUUCGGAAUCCUGGAGGUGGGGAAGGUCAAGGCGGGGGAUUUCGUGGUGGUGUCGGGAGCGGCAGGGGCGACAGGCAGUGUGGUUUGCCAGAUUGCCAAGAUAAAGGGGGCGAAGGUGUUAGGUCUGGCGGGUAGCGACGAGAAGGUGAAGUGGUUGCAGGAACUAGGGUGUGAUGAGGCGUUGAACUACAAGGCACCCGGAUUCGCGGAGAGUUUUCAUGAGAAGACGACGGACCUGAUUGAUGUCUUCUUCGACAAUGUAGGGGGCGAGAUCUUGGAGCUUGCGCUUGCGAAGGCGAAGCCUCAUGCGAGAUUCGUCAUGUGUGGUGCUAUCAGCCAAUACAACAAAACCAUUCCCUCAGGGCCAAGAAACCUCACUCAAGUCAUCGUCAACCGGAUAAGAAUGGAGGGGUUCAUCGUCCUCGAUUUCGCGGCGCAAUACGGUACCGCUCGCAAGGAGCUUGCGCAAUGGCUUGCGGAGGGUAAAAUUCAGCGUAAAGAGACGAUCGUGAAAGGCGGCUUAGCAGCUGCUGAGCAGGCAUUGCUGGGUUUGUUCGAGGGGAUAAAUACGGGGAAGAUGUUGGUGGAGAUUAAGGCUGAUGAGGGGUCGGGUUCUAAGCUGUAA